AUGUUCGAGGGUGCCAUAGCAGCGUUCUUAAAUCGGCUGUUGGGCAACUAUGUCGAGGAUUUGGACACCGAACAAUUUAACGUCGGUAUCUUUUCCGGGGACACCUGUCUCACCGAUCUCAAGCUGAAACCCGAGGCUCUGUAUCAACUGGGUCUGCCUAUCAGAGUAGAAGUUGGUCUGAUCGGGAAGAUCGUUCUGAAGAUACCAUGGUCCGGGCUGUUCUCUCAACCGAUCAUCCUAUGCAUAGAGGAUAUUUAUAUAGUGGCUGUACCCGCUGCCGAUGGUCCGUACGACGCGGAGAUACAAAAGAAGCUGAGGAGGGCGGAGAAGAGGAAGAUACUGGAGGAUCUGAAGAAGGACGAAGCGUCAAAGAUAGAACUAUUCGACAACCUGCUGGCGUCGGUGACAAAGAACUUCCAAAUCACUAUAAAUAAUGUACAUAUUAGAUACGAGCAAAAACUGAACGAAUCUCUAUGCGCUUGUGGCGUCUGUAUGCAAAGUAUAUCGGUGAUGACUACGAACAGUAAAUGGAAACCGGGUGUCUGUGCCGGUAAUUUGAGCACAAUUUAUCAAUUAAUAAGGGCAGAAUCCUUGAGCAUAUACAUGGAUCAUGACAGCGAAUCCGCGUUCACGAGCAACAGGUGUGAUUGGGACAUGGCUGCGUUCUUCGAAUGGAAAAAUGUGAUGCAUCAAUCGUUGCAGACGUUCGGCAUGAGGAACAAGGAGUUCCAGUUUCUAUUAAAACCGUUCACCGCCAAGAUAAAACUGAUCAUACACAAGGGGAACGAGUCGCAAACGUCUCGCAUGCUGGUCGAUAUCGUUCUCCACGACGUGGCCAUGCAAGUCUCCGAGAUGCAGUACCUGACCUUUUGCUAUCUCUACGACUCGCUGUCCCUCGCGACCGUGAACAAACCGUAUGUGAAGUAUCGGCCGGAUGGGACCGCGAAGGAAAAUCCGACUGGCUGGUGGAAGUACGCUUACGAUUCUGUGUUAAAUUACAAUGUAAGACCGUACAAUUGGCCGAGGAUCCUCGAGCACAGGAAGAGUUACAGAAAGUACAAGGAGGCGUGUCUGCAGAGUUUGUUGCGACCGAACGACACAGAACUGAAGUUGGACAUGCAAAAAUACGAGGACUGUUUGUCUAUUUUAAACAUAGUAAUAGCGAGAGAACAUGCCAGGCAGGAAUUGAAGAACAGAACUAUCGAGGAGAAACGUCAGAAGAAUAACAUGUCCAAACAAAACGCUGUGGAAGAUGCAGGUUCGACAGACGAUGAAGCAGAAAGUAAUGAAAAGCAAGAGACUAAGAAAUUGAUGCAUCAGAUCAGUAAUGAAACAGGAUGGAAGAUAAAAUUGGAAAAAUUGCCGCAACCGAUCGAUUACAAAUUUAACUUCACGUUGGCCAACUGUUGCUUGAGUCUGAUAAGCAACGAGAGGGAAAUCCUCGUCGUGACUAUAACGCAGCUGUUGACGAGCAUCGAAGCACGUCCCGCUUUGUCCGCUUUCAAAGCUUCCACGCGCGCCGAGAGUUUCGUGAUCGAGGGCGUCUCUAAUGAAGGAGACCUAGUGCCCUUGCUCACCGUCGACAAUAUUCUGACAGGAAACGUGUCGACCAACUUUCUGGCGAUAGAUUUUGAGAAGAACGGAGAGAACGCGGAUCCGACGUUCGACGUCUCGAUAAAACUGGAAGCAGUCGAAGUCACGUACUAUCAUCAUGCGGUCGUCGAGAUCAUUCGAUUCUUCAAGCUAAACGAUUCGAACAUGCAGACGACGGUCUUGUGGGCGUACAGAUUGUGCGAAUACGCGAGGAGGAACUUGCUUACUUUGAUGGACAGCAUCGUGUCUCAGACACUUCGGAUCAGUUUCAAGAUUGACAUCAAGGGACCGUACAUCGUGUUCCCUGAAUACGGAUCGGUGCAGAAAGGCGGACACGUUCUCGUCGUGGAUUUUGGUAACGUGAGUUUGUCUAACGAACUUCAGGCGACGAACCUUCAACUAGAGGAUGCGACGCUCAUGGAACUGGAGGAGUUACUCUACGACAGGAUACACAUAGUGUUCUCCGGGGCGCAGAUACUGUUCUGUCAUUCAGGAGAUGAUUGGAGAGCGGCUAGGAAACGAAAGGAUUCCGAAUAUCACUUUCUUCCAAAGAUACAUGCGAACACGACUGUUUCUUAUAGCAUCAAACCGGAGUAUUACCAGUUGCCAAGGACGAAAGUGAACGUUUCCAUAUCGAGCGUAAAGUUCAAUCUAUCGGAGAACAAGAUACGAUUGAUCGUACACUUUCUGAAUCUGUUGCUUUUGGUGUACCAAGAGAACUUGAACAAAUACGAGGAUGAUUCGAAGGUGCAUGUCGUUCAGAAAAAUUCGAACAAGAUACUGACAUCGCUGAAACAACUUAAGAACGUGCAACGCAGCGUAUGUCUCUCGUCGGUCGACACCGUACAAAAUAAAUUCACGCACGUGACCAAGGAACUUCUGACGAACCACGUGCAGAAAUUAGAUAGGAGCGUCGUAUCGUCAGAAGUCAGCGAGGAAGACUUGGAAUUACUGUCGAAGACUAUAAACUUGUCUGGGUUCGAUGACAAUGUGUCCCCGUGCAACCACAUCAAUAUCUUGCUGAGAUUCGCCAUCGGAGAGCUAUCGGUUCAUCUGGGAGUUAUAAAUGACGGACGGGAGGAACCGUACUUGAAUUUAAGAUUGCACGCGUUGUACCUUGAGACCGCGAUAAUGCAGUAUGGGCCAGCCGUACAGUUCGGAAUGGGAUCUAUACUCUUGGUGGACAAAACGAACGCCGGGGUAACCGGAUCCUAUCUGGAAUUGAUAUCCACCGAAGAACCUCACGAAGUUCUCGUUGUAUCCUACCGUAAGGUGAAAUCGAACUGUCCCGACUUUAAAUCCCACUUCAAAAGUAUCGAACGAUCCCUCGUUAUAAAUCUACUGAACAUCAACGUGAACCUCCACAGACCAGCGUUGAUAAAAAUACGAGAGUAUUGGCACGGUUUGAUCAAUAUUUUCGAGGAUAACAAUCUGUUCAAUUUUGUGGAGAACGUGUGUCGCAGCAUCGCGCAAUGGAGAACGAAAGAGGAGGACCCGCCUAUUCCACCUGGAGCUAUUAAAUUAAAUUACUCCGCUCGGCUGAGCGCUCUGAUCGUCAGAUUCUGCGAUAAGGACAUGGAUCUGAUGGAGAUUCAGAUCCAGGGCCUUGAAAACGAUUGCAUUUACACUGCCAAUGAAAGAAUGGUGUUGCGCGGACACCUCAGGCAUCUGUCGAUAGAAGAUCUGAACGAAGAAACGCUCUAUUCGAAACUUUUGGUCACGGAAGAGGACAAGGUGUUCGAUUUAAAAUACGUCAGACACACGCCGAGGUUGUACACUUGCUCGGACAUCGACACCAAACUGGACGACGUCAUGUCGGACGGAACGUUUAAACUCUCCAUCGGCAGAAUCAACUGCGUGGUUGUCUGCAAAAUACUUUACGAUUUGAAGUACUUUCUAACGCCCUUCACGUCCACCUACUGCUUACGGCUGGAAAAUUACGUGAUCAAAAAACUGAUUGGCGGAAUCGAGGAGUUCAAGAAAAGCGGUACGAAGCUGCACAUCUUCAUUGACAUUCAAGGCCCCGUGUUUCUUCUGCCACAACGCAAAGACGUACCGAGCCUUCUAGUACUGAACACAGGCGUUCUGUCGGUCGAGAAUUUCUUCAAGAAGGUCGAUCAGCCUGUUCAAAGUAUCAAGCUACCGGGGAACGACGCGAAUCAGAUGAUAAUCGAUAAUAUCCUGAUCAAGUUGAAGAAUAUGACCGUGUCCAGGGCGAUUAUGACGCUCAGCCAAGACUUGGAAAUUCAAGAACCGAUCAUCGAACCGGUGCACGUUCAUUUCGACAUUAAGAGAAGGACGGAGUACCGCAGCGCGAUGGAACUCGAGACGUACGGCUUGUUCAACGUUCAAGGCUCGGUGGACUUUGUGUACGUGAAUCUGAGCCAACGAGACCUGAAGUCUAGCAUACUGGUAUGGAAGGACAACGUCUCGAAGAUCAUACGGUUCAAGGAGAUGUGCAGCGCCGAGAAGUCUGCGAUGGAAGCAGAGCUGAAGAAGAUCGAUCAGGAUAACGCGAUGGUUAAAAAGUUGGAGGACUUCCUCACGCACAACGAGAAUUCCAUUUGCGAGAUCAACACGAAAUUGAGUUUAGACGGGCUGCAGUUGAAUCUGUUUUUAGAUUCCGAGGAGGUACUGAGCUCGCCUGUUCGCGACCUCAAUCACGGUUUAUGUAGACUAACGUUCGGCGAGUUGAUUAACACGUACGCAUUCUACAACGACAGGACCCUCAAGAUGAAGCUCUCUCUUCAAAGCUGCGUUCUACAGGACACCCGGAAAGAUUCUCAAGGCAUAAAGAAGAUUAUUCAAUCACCGGCGAGGCAAAUAGGUACCGAAUUCGAGUCCUGUGUGUCCGUUUCGAUGUCACCUAUCGUGGACGUUACGUACAAUCGUGCACCGACCGGCGAACGAUGCCUCGACGCGCUCGUUCAAGAAGUACGGAUCAAUCUAUCCGUCCCGUUCGUGACCCACCUCGCUAGAUACGUCAUAGACUCUUUCCCUGGCGAUCAGGUGGAAGAGGGAAUCGUUAAUCACGGAUACGAGAACAACAAUUCCGCGACAAGCAAGGAUAUACCAGAAAGAAACAAAAUAAAGUACGCACAAUAUUUCAAAGAGGAACCAGACACCUCGGUAUCCGUGAGGAUACAAAAGCCAGAGAUCCUGUUCUUCGGUGACCCGAAGGUGACCAACGCGCACGUGAUUCUGCUCGAGACGGAAGUGUCGAUCGAGAGCAGCAGGCACAGUUGUUCCUCGUCGAUCGUUUGCACGCUCACGGACGUGAGAGUGAAGUCGAGGAAACAAGGGAAUUACUCUGCGCAGUGCGCCACUCCCUACUGGCUGCUGUGCCCGUGCGACAUCGAGAUCUGCAGGAAGAGAGAGGCGCCAGAGUUCGUCGACAAUUACACCGUCGCCGUGAACAAACUCGACGUACACCUGUCCGCGGAGAUCGUGCACACGUUCAUCAGCAUAGCGGACAAAGCGACGAGCUUUGUGGACACGGUUAGCGCGAAACCGGAGGACCGGUUCGCGAAUCAAGAAUACAACAUACACACGAAUCUAUGGACGCCUAAGAAGAUAUCGAAUGUACCUUAUAAGAAAUUGAACGACGACGACUCGCACUUGAUCUACGAGUGGAACGACCGGGUGGUCACUGUCACCUUGAAACCCUUGGUGCUCUGCGUACUGUUAGAAAUCGAGUACUCGAUGGAGAGGCUGCCGGUCGUAAAAAUCGACAGCGUGAUCACAGCUUCUAUAAACGAUUGGCUGAACGAUUUCAAUCUCGAGUCGAACUUGAAGCUUCACGCUUCGUGUUACAACACGGAUUACAACAAGUGGGAACCUGUGGUCGACCUCUGCUCGGACGACGACGCGACUUACAGACCGUGGGAGUUGUCGGUGAAAAUGCGUCACGGCGAGGCGUUCAUGGUGAACUCGAACUGGACCAACUCCUACCAACAUGUAAAGCAGGACGCGUUGAAAGCUAAGAAGAAGAGUUUCAGAAGCACCGAUCAGGACGUGACGGACAUGGUGUUCAUAACUCCGGAUCAUUUGACCGUGUCGAAGGCGAACGAUACCGAGUUGUACUCGACGUACGAAGAGGAUUCCGAUACCGAUGACGAAGAGGGUCAGAAGAAACUGGCAAGGACGUCCAAUUACUUGUUCAGCAACACCAGCAGCGGUGACGAAGACAGCGAUAGCGACGAUUCGAGCACGAACGAGGACGAGGGAUUGGAAUUGACUCCCGAAUGCAACGUCGACUCGUUCGGCCCUCUUGGACGCGAGUCGAUCAAAUCAAACGACGUCGCGGUGUACAUCGUCGUCGUCGCGGAGGACAAAUUCAAUCUGGUGAUCACACCAAAUUUGAUCACCGUGAUCGAUAUUUUUCUAAACGCUUUCCAACGCGCGACCAGUGGUAUACCGACGGUUCCUCCUAACACGAAGAAAUUGAACUUGCACAACAACAUCGGCCACGAAAGUCGGAUAGAGCUUCUCGUCCCGGAGAACGAGAUCAACAAGAACAUCAACCGAGUGAUCGCUAGUCAGGAUUAUCACGAUGUCAGCCCACCGGGGAGCGUGUGCAGCAGCCCCGAGGCGGAGGCACACUCUCCUCCCACGAGCCCGUUCAAUAACGAAUUGAUAGAUCUGCCUAAUCCCGAGACGGUCUUGCAAACGGCGUCGAUCGAGGAAAUAUUUGAGGAGGAUUCUCCCAUUAGCAUAUACAAGUCGAUCACCGGCGAGGUGUUGCAUAUAAUCUUUAACGGAUUCGAAGAUGUAUUGGUGUAUUGUCCCAAGAAACAGGGCUGCAAUCUGAUUCCCCUCAGGCCGAUCAGGCACGAGGUUCGCUAUCAUUUGGUCAUAGAAGCGACUAUCAACAACUACUUGCAUCGAACGAUCACGGUACGAUCGCCAUUGCAAUUUCGCAACGAGACGUCGUACGCGUUGGGACUCUACUACAAGAAGUCGUUACUGGAGAAGCUAGGGCUGACGUGUGUCGGAGCGACGACGAACCCUUUCGACGACAACAUACGGAUGACGAUCAUCGAACCCGAUUCGACUUACAGCGUACCCUUGUACAUAGCGUACCACUUCCCAGUUUAUAUACUCCCCGCUUACUUGGAGAACUACCAAGUGAGCGAGGAGGGUGUCUUCUGGAAGGAACUCAGCGGAUCGUUGAACGUGGUAAAGGACAUUUGCUGCAAGACGAAGGAAAACGGGAACUCGGUGUUCUGCGUAAAGGUGUCCUGCAACGAAGUCCCGGUCACCGCGAGACCGAGCUGCCAAGUGCCCAACUACUUGAUCACCAUCUACUCGCCAAUGAUCUUCAACAAUCAGUUACCGUUCGUCAUAGACGUUCACAUACCUAUCAUCAAUUACGAGGUGAAGAUCGAGCCGGGGGAAAAGAUAAACAUGCAUUCGUUGAACUGCAACAACGAUGUUCAAUUCGUCUUUAAAAUUCAAAAUUAUCUGGGAGCGUAUUGGACGGGCACGGCGAAAUUGAACACGAAUUUAGAAAGGAAAUUCGUUUUGAUGAACGCGGACAGCGAGUCGGAAUCAACCAAGACUUUCUUGCUCUGCAUAGAACUGUGCAAAACGAGGACCUGGCACGUUGUCAUCCAGUCGCAAUACUGGAUGAUGAACAAGUCUGGUUUACCGUUGUACAUUCAGGAAUGUCAUUCGCACGUGGUCAACGAGAUCCCCGAGGAAGAGCUGAUGGUAUUCUCUCAGAAGAACAACAAGAAGAGUAUGGUCAGAUUGAGGGCUCACCAAUCCGAGUGGUCGUUACCGUUCGGACUAGAAGGGAUCACCUCCAUGUCUCUGAUCGUGUGUAAAGACGUGGAGCGUGGAAGGAAGUACAGAAUUCUAACGGAGAUCGAAAGCUCCCGGUUGUCCCCUAAUUUCACCAAGAUAAUCACGUUCCUUCCCUACUUCUACAUCAAUAACAAAACCAAGAAGACUCUAAGAUUCAUGGAGGAGAACGAUCAGGCAGAUCUGUGGAACGAUUUGCUACCCGGACAGAACAUGCCGUUUUGGCCGGUCACGGAGUCCAUGAAGAUGAGGAUAAAGUGGAGGAACAGUCAAUUAGUAUCGCAGCAUUUUAGUGUCGUACAAUCGGGGAAGACUGUGUUGAGGAUGGACAACGGGUCGGCGAUUACCGUCGAGAUCAAAGGCGGUACCAAUUCUCCUUACUGUGUCACGUUCCAAAAGUACACCGCCGGUGACAUACCAGUGAGGAUAGACAAUUUCUGCGACGACUUGUUCUUAAAAGUCAGCCAACAGAACUUGGGCCAAGUGGCGCUCGUAAAUCCGUUCCAGAGCCUGUUGUACACCUGGGACGAUCCCACUAAGUCCAGAGAACUCGUCUGGAACGUGUACAACAAUAAGAGAUCCGGUUACAGCGCCAGAUUUCAAAAGGAUGGAUACGGGCAGGAAGUGGUGCCUCUCGUGAUCGUCGACAAGUGCAACGGCUCGACCAGCAACUCCGUAAAAUCUCAGAGUAGUAAAUCGACAUGGCUGGAAAGCAAAUCCGGAAGUUUCAGCAGCGAUAAUAAUAACUGCGACGAGGAGGUGAAAUCGCCGGUGUCAAAGAACGGACAGACCGAUGAAAAAACGAUCGUCUAUUGGGUCAGCUACAUGGAAGGAAAUCAGAGGAUUUUACUGUUCACUCAGCAGGAGACGGUGUUCUUAAAAGCGAAGAGCAUCGUCGACCCUGAGCCCAGCAAAAGGGAGAUAUUUCUAUCGCUUGCUGGUAUCGGAGUCAGUGUUGUAACGAGAUCGAACGAGGUUUCGAAAGAGCUGGUGUACGCCAACGUGACAGACUCGGCGGCCCACUGGGAAUUGUAUUUCGAUAGGAAAUGGAAGAGUUUAUCUUUAGAGUUGAGCGUGUGGAUAGAAAGCAAAUAUGUAAAUUGUUGUAAGAAGGCGCAGUUAGAGAACUUUAUCGAUGUUGAUCUCGUGAAAAUGCACAUGACCAAACCAUUCUUUGGGAAACUCAGGAGAACCUAUUCACCGGGCAUUUGGUUGCACUACAGACAAUCCAUGUCGUUGACUCAUCUCCAGGGAUACGUUCACAGAAUUCAGCUGGAUAAUCAAAUUCGUAAUACCACGUUCCCUGUGAUUCUGCACUCGAAUUUGCAGAAGAGCAUGAUCAACUACGCGGGCAAUCGUAAAUUGAAACACUGUAUAGAAUUCGCUUGCCUGAAGCAGAGGAAAUUGAAUUACGACGUUUACAAGGGCGUUUGCGUCAUAGUCAGAGAAUUCGACCUGAAUUUGCAAGAAGGAUUCCUGUUGUCCCUGAUCGACUUGAUCCCGAAGAAACCGGAAACUAAAUAUUCUAUCGCCGCGAAGCUGAGGAAAGAUGUCUCCAACGUCCAUCUCUUGCCUUCGAACAAGAACAACAACAACGUCAGAAGAAAGAGUGUAAUAGAACAUAUGUAUAUUUCUCCGAUCCUAAUACGCUUAAUACUGUUGGCCGAUACAGAGAGACCUAAUAUUUAUAAUAUCGGCGAUAUGGCCGAUUAUAAGAAUGUUGUUCGAUUUAUUUUUGAAUACUCCGAGAAGGGUGGUGGCUCUGAGAAACACGCGGACUUCAGACUUCCAUGCUAUCAGAAAAAUUUUGUCACCAUCGACAGCGACGAGCUUCUACUGGACUUGUCACGAUCGUACGUGGCUCAAACCAUGCAACAGUUUCACGUUCUAAUUCGUUCCACGACAGUGCUCGGUAAUCAAUGCGGCUAUAACUUUAAAUCACCCGGUGAUUACUUCUACGAGUCUAACACGUUGAUCCUGUGCGGAGAUGAGAUAGCGGAAAAAUUAAGUUAUGAAGUGGCGUGUCAAUUGGGCUACGCGACUUUGGAUACCGCGCAAACGUCGGCCCUCAACUUCGACGUUGAACCUCACCUGGUGGUUCAACCUAAGGUGAAAGAACCGUGCUUUCAAAAUAAAGACGUUCCUCCGUCGAACCUCUCGAUCCGUACCUCAUUUUCUACGGAGAUCGAGCUGGAAACGUGCAGCUUAGUGACUGCGUUCGUUAGUAGUGUCCAUCAAGAAGAGUUGAAAUAUUUCUUCAAAACUUUAGGAAAGAAAACCUCGAUAUUUUUUAAUACCGAAAGUUCCUCCUCAAGAACGUACUCGAAAGUGAUACCGGAUAUUAUAAAAAGGGCACAAGAAAUAGGUCAUAAGUUCGUGUCGCGGAUACGUUUACCGCGGUACAUCAAUCCGUACAAGGGAGUGGAAAUAUUUUGCGUGCAUAAAUCAAAAGGGAUGCAUCUAUUGAGUAUGAUAAACAAGAACCCUGGGAUAGAGACCGACACGUACUGGGCGCAUACUACUCUGUCCAACGACGGGAAGCACAUAGCCCUCGUCUCAUUGCAGCGACUGUAUUUCAUCGAGAAAGGUUGCACGUGGGGAUCGUUGAACGUUAAGUGGACUUUGGAGACGCAUCAAUUACUGUCACCGCCGACGGUGGCCAACAAUAAACUGAUACUGCACGUGAACAAGAACGAAGACACCUCAUCGCCCGUGGUGGAUUGGUACCUGGAGAGCGACGCGACGGACAUUCUGGAGUGGCUGUGCCAGAAAAUAAAUAUAGCGAUGAUCUUGAACAUGGAGAACAGUAUAUGUUCAAAGCAAGUUGUAUAA